CAUUUUUCUUGGAUUUCUCUGCAUUGAAUUUUUUUUUCUUUUAAACUUUUUCUGCAACUUUCAAGAAAACUCCAACGCAGAUCCCGAAGUCUACAAGGAAAAAGAUGAAGAAAGUUGUGUUGAGUUUGGAGUUUGCUGAUGAAAAGAUCCAGAAAAAAGCUAUGAAAAAAGUCUCUGGUCUCUCAGGGGUUGAAUCCAUUGCAAUGGAUCUAAAGGACAAGAAACUGAUAGUAACAGGCGACAUAGAUCCUGUUUCUGUAGUGGACAAGUUAAGAAAGCUUUGCCAAACUAAAAUUGUCUCAAUCGGACCAGCUAAAGAACCUGAAAAGCCUAAGGAACAACCUAAACCACAAGUACAGCCCGAGGAUAUGUCUGAAUAUUUGAAAGCCCGCCAAGAAUACUACAAGCAGCAGCAGCAGCUUUAUGACUAUUACUCUGCAACUUCUAAGCAACCUGCUAUGCCCGGUUAUUAUGUUGAAAGUGUGGAGGAGAAUCCAAAUGCUUGUGUUAUUUGCUGAGAUUCAGAAUUCGGUUCUAGUAAAGUGGAUCGUACGGUAUGGACGGUUUUGGAAAAGAAAAAAGAAGCUAAAACAAUGUCUAUGAUAUUGAUAGUCCAGUCAUAUCCACUCCUGUGUGCGGAACAUACUCUAUAUGUUUCACAAUGGAUAUUAAUGUUUGGUUCAUCUGUUUUCUAGUAGUUAAACUAGUGUAAGGCUUCAAUGUUUGUGUGGUGAUUGCUUUAUUGAUCUGCUAUUGAUUAGUCCCAUUUUAGAAAGAUUAAUAAAGCUUCUUCUUUUUCUA